AUGUCAUCAUCACUAGGCACAGCGACACGCCUGAAGCCAGAAGUUCGGUUGGCGCAGGCUAUUUCGUUAUUUGAAGCUGACCUUCCAGAUCAGCAAAAGGUCGCGUUUCGCAGCGCAAAAGCACAAGCAUGCGAGACGCCGCCAAGCUCGCAAGAUGUUCUCCGUCUCAUUGCUGAGAUAGAUCAACGGGCAUUGGUGUUCAAGCGACGUUGUUUUGGCGCCCGGAUGAUGAACGUUCUUGAAGCUGUUCAGCAAUUCGCUGCGCUUGGAGAUAUCAUUGUCGGUGGCUCCCAGAAUAUCAUCGCGUGUGGUAUCUGGACGGUCGUGAGGUCUUCUUUACUGAUCAUUACGAAAUAUUCAUCUUACCUUGAGAGGCUCUCGACGCUGUUUAUGAUAGCCGGUCGCUCUGCACCGCGCUAUGAGAAGAUGGCUCUUCUUUACCCUCGCUCCAAGAAUCUCCAAUCUUAUAUGUGUGAUUAUUUCAUCACUCUCGUCCAGAUUUGUCACAAAAUGUUGAAAUUUACACUCAAAUCUACAUUCGGGCAAUUGACAGCUGUUUUGAAUGAAGGCGAUCUCCAUUCAUUUCAACUCAGCCUAGAACGGUGGGCUGCGAAUAUUAAAGAAGAAAUCACAUUGCUAAUUGCGGAAAGAAUUGAAGACGAGUCUCUCAAAACAUCCAAAUUUCAAAAUGCUUUAUGGAAAAAAAUCAGUAAAUCCGAGGAUGAUUCCCAUCAAGCGCGAAUCAAUGCACGUCUACAAGUUCUAAAUUUUUGUUCUGAAUUCGACCAUGCCGUCGUCUGGAAACAGACCCGCAAAGCAGGGACGACAAUUAUGUUCCGUGAAAGCCCUGAGUAUACAACUUGGAAGGAUCCAGCUCUAGCCUGUAUUUCAUGCACACUUAUAUACAUGGGCAAGCUUGGCUCCGGAAAGUCAGUCUUGCUAGCAAACAUGGUUGAUGAUCUUCAUCUUCAUUCGCAGGGUAUUACUGUCGCGUACUUCUUUUGUCGUCACGAUCUAAACAAAUCGCUCCAGGCUCGGACGAUUAUCGGGUCUCUUGUGCGACAGGUAAUGAACAACAUUCAGGACUUCGCUGCCGUAUUGGAUUUAUUAAACCAAUAUACAGGACAUCAUUAUGAUGAUUUUGAAAAAAUGUCUUCGUUACUUGAAUGUGCUUUCCCCUCCGGGUCGCGUGCGUUAAAUUGCUUCAUAGUUGUCGAUGGGCUUGACGAUUUGAACGAAUCCGAGAGAGCUAAAACAAUCUGGGAGCUCUUCAAACUGCAAGAAAAAUUCAAGAUCCGUCUUUGUGUAUCUUUUCGUGAGGACCCAACUACUCACGACGGAGGUACUAGUUAUCUAGACGACUUUCUUUCUACUACCGUGAUGCCGAUUCCAGAUAAUAGUUCUGAAAUUCGGACAUUCAUUCUUGAAGAGCUUGAAAGCCGCCUGGAGUCACAACAACUGGUAGUCGGAGACCCAACCCUCAUACUAGAAAUUCGAGAAGCUCUUUUCAACGGGUGUCAGGGGAUGUUUCUAUGGGCGGCCUUGCAGAUUGAGACACUUUGUACUAUGAAAACUGAUUUUGAACUAAGACGAGCUUUGAAAGAUUUCCCUAGAGACCUUGCAGAGACAUUUUCUCGGGUCAUGCAACGGUUUGAUUGGAAGGAAGACUCUCAACAGAGGGCAAUUCUCAACUUAAUCAUUGCUUCCCAACGUCCAUUAACAAUAUUUGAGAUGCAAGAAGCAUUGAGUGUUAUACCCGGUGAGAUCCAUUGGGAUCCGUCGAGAAGUCUUAAUAGUAUACAUGCUACACUCGCGACCUGUGGGUGUCUAAUCAACAUCGACGAAGAAGAAUUAACAGCACGUCUUGUCCAUCCGAGUCUACGACAGUUUCUUCUUAAUACCAGUCCGCAGACGAUGACAUCGGCUACAAACUUUACCUUAACGUUGGACGCUGCUCAUAGAUUCAUGGCAGAGAUUAUUGUCACUUAUCUGAGCUAUAAUGUCUUCGAAAAACAAUUAUCGCGGACUGUUAUCCCCCGGAUCAACGCUAGUUCAGCUACAUCCACAAUUCUUCAAUCCACCCUCUCCUCGACUUCAUCCGCCAGCAUCCGUAACCUUGCAAUAAAGCUCCUCAAAGUCAAAUCCGAGCCGGAUUACGAUCUAGGCAAAGCACUCGCCCAGGUUAACCCUCUUUGUCGAGAGCACUCUGCCCCGGAAUUUCGAUUUUAUAUCUAUGCCACAUCUUUCUGGCACACCCACGUCAUUGGUACGGCCCACCACAACGAAAGCACCAUUAGCCUUUUGGCCAAGCUAGUGCAAAGCAAAGCAAUCGAUGCCAACUGCCUCGAUGGAGAUGAUCUCACCCCACUAAUGCGCGCAACAGCAGCGGGAAAUGAAACUGUUGUUCGCUUCCUUCUCGGUUUCAAGGAUGUAGAUGUUAAUAUGAAAUCUGCUUCGGGCCACACAGCACUUCACCUCGCAUUGCUUAAUCAAAAUAGCGAAGGCCCUCUGGCAUUAUUUGAUUCCCCGGAGUUGGACAUCCAUUGCAAAGACCAGCAAGGCCGAUCAAUUCUCCACUUAGCAGCAGAACAAGGCGACGCUGUCACAUUCGAGAAACUCGCCACGGAGCGCCAGUUAGAUGUUAACUGUAUCAAUUAUCACGGCGAGACAGCACUGCACAUCGCUGUUCAGCGGGGAGUUCUAGAGAUUGUAAUCUUACUUUUGACGCUUGAGAAAGUGGACGUGAAUGCACAGGAUGCAGACGGGAAUACACCGUUGCAUAUUGCAAUCCAGAGAGAACAGGUUGAUAUUGUGGAACAAUUACUUAUAUGUGAGCGGGUUAAAAUUGAGAUGGCGAAUUAUCAUGGGCGGAGUCCGCUGUCGAUGGUUAUCUCCUUGGGAGAUGAGGAUAUGGGCAACCUUUUUCUGCAAUGUUCGCGGCUGGAUGGGAAUUAUAAAGACCGGCUGAGGGAAGUUCUGGUUUCCCCUGGCCCUAAUAUGUAUAUGCAAUAUCGAAAAGAGUGGGACAUUUAA